GCUGAGGGGAGAGGGGAGAGAGAGGGACGCGGGGCAGGGGAAAGGGACCCUGGCUGGUCAAGGAAGGCACCGGAAGGGGCCGUUCCCAUCUGGCUGGGUCCCGAGGGUCGGCGGCAAUGGCGGCUCCGUGGGUGGGGCGCGGGCGAUGAAAGAGCGAGAGGCUGGUGACAGCCGAAGAAGCAACAGAAAUCCCUACGUUAGGAACCAGUAUGAUGAAGGCAGUGACUGUAUUUCUUACCCACUAGGAAUCCAAGAGACUGGUCUUCCUACAAGAGGAUCUCUGUAAGGAUUAGAUGCUGGAGAAUGAUGGAAAGAUGAGCUCACUGGAUUGUGAGAACAGGACUGAAAAGGAGGAAUGGAAGCCAAAGCAGGAAAUUUCUGGAGAUGAGUCAUUUCAAGCAACAUUGGAAACAAUUUCAAGCCAAAUACCUGAAAGAUAUGAGUUGGUGGAAACCAGGGUGUGUGAAGAUGAGUUAGAGAAGCAAAGUGUAAAUGUUCCAGGAGAUGGACUAAGCCAGGCCCAUUCCCGAAAGAGAAGGUUCAGGCAAGUGAAAAACACCCAAAGGAAAAGCCGUGUAGCAGAAAGCCACAAGGAAUGUAAUGAAAAAGAGAGAAGUGUCAAAUGCAGCUCAAACCUUGUUAUUCAUCAGAGAGCUCCUGCAGGAGAGAAAUAUCAAAGAUGUGAACCAUAUGAUCAGAGGAUGAAAGAAAAAUCAGAACUAACUAAACAUCAAAAAAUUCAUACUUUAAAGAAAACCCAUAAGUGUAAUGAAUGUGGAAAAGUGUUUAACCGGGGAUCAAAUCUUACUAUUCACCAAAGAAUUCAUACAGGAAAGAAACCCUACAUAUGUGAUGAAUGUGGGAAAGGUUUUAAUCAGAGUUCUAAUCUCUGUAGACAUCAGAGAAUUCAUACUGGGGAAAAUCCUUAUGAGUGUAAUGAAUGUGGAAGAGCCUUCAGGGGAAGCUCAAACCUUAUCCUGCAUCAGAGAAUUCAUAGUGGAGGGAAACCCUAUGUUUGUAAAGAUUGUGGGAAAGCCUUCAAUCAGAGUUCAGAUCUCAUCAUACAUCAUAGAAUUCAUACUGGAGAAAAACCCUAUGAAUGUAAUGAUUGCGGAAAAGCCUUUAGUCAGAGUUCACACCUUGUUACACACAAGAGAAUUCAUACUGGGGAGAAACCCUACGAAUGUAGUGAAUGUGGAAAAUCAUUCAGACAGAGUUCACUCCUUCUUCAACACCAAAGGAUUCACAGUGGAGAGAAACCUUAUGGAUGUCAUAAAUGUGGGAAAGCCUUUAGUGGACGUACAGUCUUUCUUAAGCAUCAGAGACUCCAUACUGUUGAAGAACUUGAUGAACAAACCUUCAAACAGGACACAGACCUUACUGGACAGCACAACCUUAAUAAAGAAGAGAAACUUUAUGAAUGUAGUGAAUGUGGAAAAGCCUUUCGGUGUAGCUCAGAUCUGAUUAGACAUCAGAUAAUUCACACUGGUGAGAAACCCUUUGAAUGUAAUGAAUGUGGCAAAGCUUUCAGUCGAAAUUCAAUCCUUAUAGAACAUCAGAGAAUUCAUACAGGAGAAAAGCCUUAUAAAUGUAGUGAAUGUGGGAAAGCUUUCAGGGGAAGCUCACAACUUAUUCAACAUCAGAGAAUUCAUAGUGGAAAGAAACCCUAUGAAUGCAAUGAAUGUGGAAAAACAUUUAAUCAAAGUUCAGACCUUAAUAGACACCACAGAAUUCAUAGUGGAGAGAAGCCCUAUGAAUGUAAUAAAUGUGGAAAAGCCUUCAGGUGGAGCUCAGAUCUUGGUAGGCAUAAGAAAAUUCAUAUUGGAAAGAACAUUUAUGAAUGCAGUCAGUGCAAAAAAGUUUUUAGUCAGAGUUUGGCCUUUAUUCAGCAUCAGAGAAUCCAUACUAGAGUAUAAACCUAUUAAUAUAAUUAUGAGGAAAUGGAAGCUGUUUUUUACUUUUUUUAAAUACCAGAAUACAUUUUAUGGUACAGUCUCAUAGGAAACUAAGGUCCUUAAGAGCAGAAGAGGUUUCAAUCUUUUAAUCAUCACAAAUUCUAUGAACAGACAUUCUAGGAGUGGUUGAAAAUAUAACAUUCUUAUCUAAAGUUUCUGUGGCAUCACAAAAUGGUACAAAUUGGAUAUUAUAAUUUGAUCUCUCCUUAUUUAAUGUCCCCAUCAGAGCAGGUAACAAAUCCAGAAGCCCUCCACAAACUAUAGAGGUCUUUACAGCAACAAUACUAGAGAAAUUAAGUAGGUUGAGUGUAGACAUAGACUUUUGGGCAAAAAAAAAGUUGAAUCUGGUACCAGAAGAUUUCAUUAUAAGAAAUAGAUAACCUCGUAGUCUCAGUUUUCUCAUAUAUAAAAUGAUAGUGCCCACCUCACAGGGUUGUUGUGAGGAUUGGUGAUAUAGAUGAAAUCUUUUGUAAAACUUAAAAAUGCUGUGUAAGUAUUAGCAUCUCAACCCUAGAAUACCUUUUAUUCUCUUUUUUCCCUUUUUGAAUUCUGAAUCUAAAUACUAUUAAAAUAACAUUUUAGUAUGUAAAAAGAAUUGUUUAUAAGACUAUUAAUUUCCAUUUCACACCACUUGUUAUUUAUAUUACAAAAUUAUAGAAAUUCCAUAUUAUUUUCAAAACGAUCCUUCUUGUCUCUGCUUAAAUCCCUCUCCUCUUUGCACUCAAAUCCUUACAUAAUCUGUUAUCAAGUAAAUAUUCCUGAAGGUUGGGUCCAAGGAACUGCUGAAUUGGAGACUCUUCCCCCUUCCUUGGAUGGCUUACAUUUUAUUUAGCAUACAAUUUUAGGGAAGUAGAAUACCCAACCAUGAUAGUUAUGGGUGUGAUAGAUGAAGCUGUUAUUUCAAGACCCUGAAAUUCAUUCAAAAAUGCCACCUCCCUGAGCUGAUAUAUUAGGUGGGAAACCCAGUAGAUGUGAUGACAGUGGGCCCCACCUUUGGUCUUGUAAAAAAGAUCAGAAGGGUAAAAGAGCAGAAAGAAUGGUAAGUUCUAUGAGAUGUUAUAGCAGUAUAUUUGGCAGGCACAGUAACGCCAUAUCCUGAAUAGAUAUCAACCACUCUUAAUGAUAAAGGUUGAUGAUAGCUUUGAGAUGGAAAAACAGGGCCAAUAUAAUCAAUUUUCCAAUUGGAAGCAAGUCAGCAGCCAUGCAGAAUCCUGCCAUGCUUGCCUAUGGACACCAUUAGGCAGAAGUAGCAACUUCAUGUUUAGAGGGAUCAUAUGGUAUUAUGUUCACUGCAACAUGGCACCAUGGCCUGCAUGUCUAGAUGGGUAAUAGAUCCAUUUCUCAAUUUGCUAUUCUCAUAAUGGAAUCAAUUCAGUUCAGCAGGGGGUAAAUGGAUACUUUUUGAUAUAACCAUAGAUAUGCCAAUUUGGAGGGAUAUCAGCAAAAUUCCUUGUGAUCCUAAAGGGGCAGUUGAUUGUCUAAUCCCAUUUACUCCAAGCUCUUCUGUUAGGCCUUUGCAUAAACUGGUUUUGUUUGAAUGGAUUUUUAGAAAUGACUAUGCAAUCUCUGGGACAAUUAUGUGGCAGGUACAGUGGAUAGAGUGCCAGACCUGGAGUCAGGAAAACUCAUCUUCUU